AUGGACAAUAGGAAACACCCCAGUUCCUUCCAGCAGCUGGAGAAGUUAGGAGAGGGCACUUACGCUACUGUUUUCAAAGGUAGAAACAGACAGACCGGUGAACUUGUCGCUUUGAAGGAGAUCCACCUCGAUUCCGAAGAAGGUACACCAUCGACUGCGAUCAGAGAAAUUUCGUUGAUGAAAGAGUUGAAACAUGAGAAUAUUGUCAGCUUACACGAUGUCAUACAUACCGAGAAUAAACUCAUGUUGGUUUUUGAACAUAUGGACAAGGACUUGAAGAAAUAUAUGGACACUGCAGGAGACAGAGGAGCUUUACCACCUCCUACGAUCAAAUCAUUCAUGCACCAACUCCUCAAGGGAAUCGAUUUCUGUCAUCAAAAUCGGGUCCUUCACAGAGAUUUAAAGCCCCAAAACCUCCUCAUCAACAUGAAGGGCCAACUCAAACUUGCAGAUUUUGGUCUUGCGCGUGCAUUUGGUAUCCCUGUCAACACUUUCUCCAACGAGGUGGUUACUUUAUGGUACAGAGCACCAGAUGUCCUCCUUGGAAGCCGAACCUACAAUACCAGUAUUGACAUUUGGUCUGCGGGAUGCAUUAUGGCAGAAAUGUAUACUGGACGUCCCUUGUUUCCUGGAACAACCAAUGAGGAUCAGUUGGUACGAAUUUUCAGGAUCAUGGGAACCCCGUCUGAGCGAACAUGGCCUGGAAUCUCUCAAUUUACCGAGUACAAGUCAAACUUUCAGAUGUAUGCAACUCAAGAUCUACGAGUCAUUCUACCUCAAAUUGAUGCGGUUGGUAUCGACCUUCUUCAAAGAAUGUUGCAAUUAAGACCAGAAUUGAGAAUCAGCGCACAUGAUGCUUUAAGCCAUCCAUGGUUCAACGACUUACCAGGAGCAAUGAGACGCCCACAAGUACAACAAGGACAGAUGCCGAUGCAAAGGGGAUAUGCGCCACAAGAGGUUGCCCAAGGAGGUUACCAACAAUAUUGA